CUUUGUACAUCAGAAUUGGAAUCAUUGAAUCUGUUUUCAGCUUUGUCAGCCUCUGAUUCUCUACCAAAUGGUAUAGAAAAUGGACUUUUACAAUUUAGUAUUGAUGCAAUUGUUGUUAAUAUUGAUCCAAACAACACAAUGCGAUAG